UCCGUUACAAAAAAACAUAUAUUACAUACAUCGUAAAGAAGGUUAUACAUAGAUAAAUAAAGUCUCUCACCAUGUCCAAUCAAUUAGUCUCUUCUUGCAUGGCUUUGAUGGUUCUCUUCUCAGUGUUAUUGAUCAUUCCUAAAACUGAGGCACAGCAGAGAUGCACAAAAGUGAUAGCGCCCGAGACACAAUGUUUGUUGUUAAAUUGUAGGGAAGAGUGUUUCAAGACGUUGAAUGGAUUCGGAACUUGCGUUGAGAAUCCACCAGGCUCUGAUAAUUAUACAUGUAAUUGUAUGUACAAUUGUCCGAAACCACCACCAGCAGCAAUCGACCAUGUUAAAUGACUUAAAUUUUGAAUAUACUGUAUGUUACUAUGGAUAAUAAUAUUUACAAUUUACAAAAAAUUAUAAACAGUUUAACGUA